GAUAUAUCUAUUUAAACAUUAACAGAACUUCUCAAUAAUCAGGUUAUUCAGUUCCGGCAUCUCGAUUAUCGAAUUAUUAACUUUCAUGUAAACCCUGCUGAAGUUGGGUUCGGGAGGUCUCUACACAUCUAUAUUUUAUAACCAAGAUGGAUACUCCGAAAAUUCUACCCAUCAAUUCACGUAUAUCUGCCAAGAACCAACAGGAAAACAUAAAGAAAGUAGCAGUGACACGAUCGGGAGAACAGGCCCUGUUUCUGGAGCUUGAUCAAAAUAGACCACUUGCUGCAAUUAUACAAGACAUUUCAGAAAGAUGGAAUUUGGCAAAUCCUGAUGACUAUGCCCUGCAGUUUUCAGAACCAAACAGACAUACGUAUAUCACAGAAAGGAAUCGAUCGGAAAUUUCCAAUGGCAAUGUGCUCCAGCUUACCUCCUCACCGGCAAAGACAGCCUCUGGUAUUUAUACCAAGCUCAAGGAAGGAAAACCCGAGGAGCGACUCGAAUCCCUCAAAACAUUGGCAAGUUUGUCAUCAGACAGCACAUUUGCAAUGGAGUUCAUUAACAAAGAUGGCCACCAGCUCAUCACCAAGUUUGUAGUGGACGGGAAACACCAUGGCGAGCCCUUGUCCUACAUCCUGAAGGGAUUUGUGGCACUGAUGGAUCACGGUGUUGUGUCUUGGGACAUUCUCCAGGUCGACUUUACAAAAAGGGUGACAGAAUGUGUGCUGAGUUCAAAGUCAGGAAACAGCUGUAUACAGGCAGGUCUGGAAAUCCUGGAGUGCAUAGUAUUACACAGUAGCGCUGCUAAUAAGAGGGAUAUUGUGGAACAUUACAUCAUAGGUCAACAUGAAAAGGUACACAGUCACCUACAAACGCCUGAGCUGCAGAAAAACUCCAUGGCUCUGCUGAAUGCUUUGUUUUCAAAGGCCAACCCCGCAAAGAAAAAGGAAAUCUCAAAAAUGGUGCAGUCAAAGAGAUUCAGGAAUAUAAUUUCUACGUAUGUGAUUGGGACUGGGCGUGUCCCAGGCAGUGACAUGGCCCAUCACCUGUACGUACUACAGACUUUGACUCUGAGUAUGUUUGAGGAUCGUAUGAAUACUCCUGCUGACCCACAGGACCCGGUGGUAAUGAAGAAUAUUGAGACACUUCGACCAACAGCUAUAGCCAUAGACAGUGACUCCAACCAGCCAGGGACACGCAAGUCAAACCUGUAUCGAAAGUUGGGCUUUGAGGAUCUCACAACACCUGCCCAGGACUUUUCCAAAAACACACCUCCAGGGAUUUUAGCUCUGGACAAUGUUGCCUAUUUUGCUGAAAAACACCAAGAAAAUUAUGUGAAGGUAGUGCUUGAAAACUCAAGUCGUUCUGACGAACAUGACUGUCCGUUUAUAAAAGCUAGCAUUAUGCUGACGAGAAUUCUGUGUGAAAUCCUGAAGAUAGGAGAACCACCAAGCGAGGAAGGAGAAAAAUACCAUCCCAUGUUUUUUGGUCAUGAGGAGCCAUUCCAGGAGUUCUUCUGUAUUUGUAUCCAGCUGCUUAAUAAGACUUGGCGUGAGAUGAGGGCAUCCACUGAGGACUUUCAGAAGGUGUUAGGAGUGGUGAAGGAACAGAUUGGACGUGCCCUUGACAUGCAGCCCACCUCAUUGGAGACAUUCAGGUCUCGUCUCAAUCAACUCACAUAUGACGAGAUCAUUAACUUGUGGGAGAGAGAACGUCUAUCAAAAGAAGAAUGGGAAUCCCAAGCCAAACCAAUAAUUGAACUACGUCAGGAAUUAACUCCAUGCAUACUGGAUCUGAUAAAACAACAACGCCUAAACUACCUGAUUGAGGGUACCAGAUUCCACAAGUACAACAUGAAGGGUAAAAAUAAAGAUAAGAUGUGGUGUUGGCGUCUGUCUCCCAAUCAUAAAUGUUUCCACUAUGCUGAUUGUAAUGAGGGAGAGAUUCCCACCCUUGACCACAUGCCAAACAAACUGCCUGUGAGUGAAAUCAAAAGCAUCAUUAAGGGAAAAGAGUGCCCCCACGUCAGAGAGAAGACUCGGUCACGGCCGACAAUUGCUACCCAUCUGGCUUUUGCUAUCCAGCCUUCCUCUACCACCACUGAUUCCCCAGAGUCCUUCUGUUUUGUGGCCAAAGAUGAUUGUGAGUUUGACAUGUGGAUGGACGGCCUGAACAUUUUACAGGCUGCUGAGAUGAAGAGCCAGCAGAAGAUGAAAGAUUUAGAAUUACUUCUAAAUAUGGAGAUUAAGAUUCGGAUGCUGGAUGCAGAAGGAAUAACUAUACCAACGGAACCACCAGCUAUUCCCCCCGAACCUGAUAACUACGACUUCGCACACCCUAAUCUAUGAUUGUACAUCAGUUAUAGUCAAUAUUAUGAUAUGGAUGUAGUGGAUCAUUAGAGGGCAAUUAAUACUGGAUGGACCUGUUACCAGAACAGCGUAUCUCACAAACAGCAGGGUGAUCUGAUUCCAAAUGUGUUUCUGCUGACUAAAAGUAUUACAAGCGUUUAUGUUUCCAGAUGUAAAGUACUAGAUAGUAGUACAGAAUUAUUGCUAGCACUGGGUCAUUUUAGCAAUCUUGUCAAGAUUAUAUGUUUUUAAAAACAAUCCACAGACAGGCUGUACUGUCAAUCCACAACCUUUUUGUAUGUCAGACUCUGAUCCAUAGAUUU